AUGCCGGGUCGAUACAACUCGGGAGAACUGUCCAGGAGUCGAUACAAGUCAGGAGAAUUGUCCUCCAGUCGAUACAAGUCAGGGGAACUGUCCAGGAGUCGAAACAAGUCAGAAGAACUGUUUAGGAGUCGAUACAACUCAGGAGAACUGUCCUGUAGUCGAUACAACUCUGGAGAAUUGUCCUGUAGUCGAUACAAGUCAGGGGAACUGUCCAGGAGUCGAUACAACUCAGGAGAAUUGUCCUCCAGUCGAUACAAGUCAGGGGAACUGUCCUGGAGUCGAUACAAGUCAGAAGAACUGUUCAGGAGUCGAUACAACUCAGGAGAAUUGUCCUGUAGUCGAUACAAGUCAGGGGAACUGUCCAGGAGUCGAUACAACUCAGGAGAAUUGUCCUCCAGUCGAUACAAGUCAGGGGAACUGUCCUGGAGUCGAUACAAGUCAGAAGAACUGUUCAGGAGUCGAUACAACUCAGGAGAAUUGUCGUGUAGUCGAUACAAGUCAGGAGAACUGUCCAGGAGUCGAUACAAGUCAGGAGAACUCUCCUGUAGUCGAUACAAGUCAGGAAAACUGUCCAGGAGUCGAUGGGAAAUUUAA